AUGCCACGCUGGGAAGCAUCUUCCUGGCGUCUGCGUGCCCUGGAAAGCGGGCUUGGCUUUGCCUGCUCCUGUCCCGUACAACAACCUCCGGAAAUUAAUUUAGUUCUGCGUCCUCAGGGAUUAACUGGUGAUAAUGAAGUAUACGCCAAAGUUGAUUUAUGGGUCAAAUGUCCACAUACUUACCCUGAUACUGUUCCUGAAAUAGAACUAAAAAAUUCAAAAGGCUUAUCAAAUGAGAAAAUAAAUGAAUUAAAAUCUGGGCUAGCAGAAUUAGCAAGACAGCGCUGUGGAGAGGUUAUGAUAUUUGAACUUGCAGACCACAUACAGUCAUUCCUCAGUGAGUAUAAUAAGCCACCUUCCAAGUCCUUUCAUGAAGAAAUGCUAAAAAAUCAUCAAAAGGAACAAGAAAGACUGGCCCAGGAGGAACUGCGUAGGGUACAAGAAGUUAAGAGAAGAGAGGAGCAGGAGCAACGUGAAAUCCUUGAUGAGAUUCAGAGAAGGGAAGAAGAGAAAAGAGAAGAAAGGAAAAAGAAAGAGAUUGCCAAACAGGAACGUCUGGAAAUAGCUUCUCUGACGAGUCAAGAGAAUUGCCACAGGAGAGAGACUACAGGGUACAAAGCUGUUCCCAGUUUAAAUGGGGGCGGCUGGGAACAUGGAGGGAACAAUAAACAUCGGCCAAAUUCAGCUGGACGAUCCAAACGAGAACGGCAUCUUUCGCUUGGUAAUACUGAAGAGUCCCCUGGAAAUUACGAAGUUUUGAACUUUAGUGCCACUGGUGCUGGGCAACUUAUUGUCCAUAAAGGAAAAUGUAUAGGCAAAGAUGAACAGCUUGGUAAAUCGGUCUACAAUGCCUUGGAAAUUCGCAGCGGAGAAUUUGUGUUAGUAUAUGAGUGGGUUCUGCAAUGGCAAAAAAAGAUGGGAAAGUUUCUUACAACACAUGAAAUAGAAAAAAUUGAGAAGUCUAAGAAACAGCUCCAGGGUGCCGAAACUGAGUUCAGCUCCCUGACGAAGCUCAGUCACCCAAACAUAGUACAUUAUAUAUGUAUGAACCUUAAAGAGCAGGAUGAUUCAAUUGUGGUGGACAUUUUAACGGAGCACAUAAGUGGGUGCAGCCUUUCGUCGUACUUGUGCAAGGAGACUCCGCUUCCCAUUGAGCAGCUGCGCCAUUACGUGACCCAAAUUUUGUCAGCUCUUGAUUACUUGCACAGUAAUUCAGUGGUGCACAAAGUUCUUUGUGCUUCCAGUAUUUUGGUGGAUGCUGAAGGAAAUAUCAAAGUGACAGAUUACAGCAUUUCCAAGCGCUUAGCUGACAUCUGCAAAGCAGAUGUUUUUGAACAAACCAAAGUUCGUUUUAGUGAAGAUGCUCUUCCCUACAAACCUGGAAAAAAAGGAGAUGUGUGGAGUCUGGGCUUGCUUCUAAUCUCUCUCAGCCAGGGCCAAGUAAUCAAGGAAUAUCCAGUUACCGUUCCUAGCAAUUUACCUGCUGACUUCCAAGACUUUCUGGAAAAAUGUGUUUGUUUGGAAGAUAAGGAAAGAUGGAAUCCUCAGCAGUUGUUACAACAUAGUUUCAUAAACCUUCCGCGAAUGAAGAUCCCAAUAGCAGAAGAAAAUGGAGAUGGUAAGGAACUCUGUUCUUUCUAUUUUCUGCAGUAUAGGCAGUUGCCCAGUGCUUCAUUCUUCACAGAAACACAGAAGCAAUUUUCACGUUACUACAAUGAGUUUGAAGAGUUAAAAUUACUCGGCAAAGGGGCUUUUGGAGCUGUCAUUAAGGUGCAAAAUAAGCUUGAUGGCUGCUAUUACGCUGUGAAACGUAUCCGCAUAAACCCUGCCAGCAAGCAGUUUCGGAGGAUUAAAGGGGAGGUAACGUUGCUUUCCCGCCUGAAUCAUGAGAAUAUUGUGAGGUACUACAACGCUUGGAUAGAAAAACAUGAAAGUCCCAUUCACCGCGUGUCAUCGUCUGAGACCACGGAAGAGAAAAGACUGCCCACCAAGGCAGACCCUUUCAUCCUUCCCAGUGAAGACACAAAUGAUGUGGAAGCCAAUGCUCCUCCGCCUGUUUUGACGAGUUCAGUUGAGUGGAGUACUUCCUGUGAGAGAUCCUCCAGCAACAAAUUCAGCAGGGCCGAUCAAGAGUCCAGCGAUGACGACGAUGAUGGUGACGGCGUGUUCUCCCAUUCCUUUCUGCCAACCACAGAUUCUGAAAGUGAAAUAGUUUUCGAUAAUGAGGAUGAAAACAGUAAAGGUCAUCCUCCGGAUGAAGAAUGUAAUGAAAAGAAUGGCAACGGAGAAGAUGACAAGCCACCAGUGAUUCAGACAGUGCAUUACCUCUACAUCCAGAUGGAGUAUUGUGAAAAGAGCACAUUAAGGGAUACUAUUGACCAGGGUUUGUAUGAAGAUACUAGUCGGCUUUGGAGACUCUUCCGAGAAAUUUUGGAUGGGUUGGCUUACAUUCAUGAAAAGGGAAUGAUCCACAGAGACUUGAAACCUGUGAACAUUUUUUUAGAUUCUGAUGAUCAUGUGAAAAUCGGCGAUUUUGGCUUAGCCACAGAUCAUCCAGCAAAUGCGGUUGUCUCUAAGCAAGAAGAAAAUUAUUCAGAUAAUUGCGCUAAGUCUGACCCAGCAGGUAGUUUGACAGGAAUGGUUGGUACGGCACUGUAUGUCAGUCCAGAGGUCCAAGGAAACACUAAAUCUACGUAUAAUCAGAAAGUGGACCUGUUCAGUCUGGGGAUAAUCUUCUUUGAAAUGUCGUACCACCCCAUGAGUACUGCAUCAGAAAGAAUCUUUGUUCUUGGUCAACUAAGACUACCCACUAUUGUAUUUCCAAAAGACUUUGAUGAAGUAAAGCAUGCAAAGCAGAGGUUGGUCAUCGCGUGGCUCCUGAACCACGACCCUGCGGCGCGGCCGACGGCCGUGGAGCUGCUGCGGAGCGAGCACCUCCCGCCGCCGCAGAUGGAGGAGUCGGAGCUGCACGAGGUGCUGCACCACACGCUGGCCAACGUGGGCGGCAAGGCCUACCGCACCAUGAUGGGCCUCAUCUUCUCCCAGCGCCUCUCCCCCGCUAUAGACUACACCUAUGACAGCGACAUGCUGAAGGGUAGUUUUUCUAUUUGGGCAGCCAAGAUACAGCAGCAUAUAUGUGAGAGUGUCAGCCGGAUUUUUAAAAGACACGGAGCCAUCAAGCUGCAUACUCCGCUGCUAAUGCCUAGAAAUAAAAAACUGUAUGAACAUAAUGAAGCUUCAUAUUUCAUGGAUCACAGUGGGAUGCUGGUUAUGCUUCCAUAUGACCUCAGAAUUCCUUUUGCAAGAUAUGUAGCUAGAAAUAACAUAACAAACUUGAAAAGGUACUGCAUCGAGCGAGUUUUCAGGCCUCGGAAGCUGGACCGCUGUCAUCCCAAAGAGCUCCUAGAGUGUGCGUUUGACAUUGUUACGUCCUCUGGAAAUAGCUUUCUGCCUGUAGCAGAAACAAUUUAUGCCAUUUCGGAAAUCAUUCAAGAGUUUCCAGUGCUACAGGAAAGAAAUUACAGUAUUUACUUGAACCACACUGCCCUGCUGAAAGCUAUACUUUUACACUGUGGGAUACCAGAGGAUAAACUCAAUCAAGUCUACAUCAUUCUGUAUGAUGCUGUG